AUGAUCAGUAAACUGGUGCAGGAGGUAGGAGUAAUGAUCAGUAAACUGGUACAGGAGAUAGGACUAAUGAUCAGUAGACUGGUGCAGGAGGUAGGAGUAAUGAUCAGUAGACUGGUGCAGGAGGUAGGAGUAAUGAUCAGUAAACUGGUGCAGGAGGUAUCUCGCCAAUAGUAUGUGCGUUCUUUUUUCAUUUAUACUUUGCUGUAUGACUGAGCCAUAACCCAGCCUUGAGUUAUAUGUUGUUCUGUAUGACUGAGCCAUAACCCAGCCUUGAGUUAUAUGUUGUUCUAUAUGAGUGACCAGUGACCCAGUCUUGAGUAUUCCGUUGCCUUGCGUUGCGCUGUGCAGUGCCCCAGGUGUCAGAGACUGAGCGGGAGGAUCUGGAGGAGUCGGAGAAGGUGCAGCGCUGGGUGGAACGUCUGUGUCAGACAUGGCUGGAACAAAUUUCCUGUGUGGAGAACGAGUCCCCAGAGGUACACCUAGAACCCCCUCUCCUAGAACUAUGUAGAACUACCUCUCCUAGAGCUAUGUAGAACCACCUUUCCUAGAACCCCCUUUCCUCCUUGUAUCAGUGAGGACCACCUGUGUUCCUAUCGCAUAUUAUUUUUUUAUUUGUAGGUAAUUGAUAGAUUUGUGGUAGGAUACAGUGAGUCAUUUAUCUUGUUAUUCAAAGACAGUGAUCAUAGUGCUCUGUGACUGUCUGUGUGGAGUACUGUGAUAGCUCUGUGGUUGUGAGUGUCUGAGUGACAGGGCUUGUCCUUCAGAUGUCCCCUCCUCGGUCUCCUGCCUCUGGGCCCAUGGUGAGGCGUUUCCAUGGGGGUCUCUGGCUGGCAACCACUGACCUGGAUGAUUUCAACUUGGAUGAGGUGGACCAGAGUCUGAGGGGGCACCUGAAGAGACUGGACCCCACCCAGCCUUCUUCCUCCCAGCCCCCACCACCCCUACCUCUCCCGCCACCUUCCCCCAGACUCAACCCCACCAUCCCCAACUUCUCUCCCCCCUCACCACGACCAUCGACCCGCAAGCCCCCUCCCUCGGCUUCUACCGCGGCCUCCAGAGGAUGUCAGCCCCUUCCUCCUCCUCCGCCUCCACCUCCUCCUUCUAGGUACCCUCCUCCCUCCUCCUCCUACUCCUCCUCCUCCCACUACCCCCCUCCCUCCCAGGCCACCCUCCUCCCCCCGGCCCACUCCUCAACCUCCACCUCCUCCACCCCCUCCGCCCCCACCUCCCCAGCACCCUGAGGGUACCACCACCAUCACCCCUCCAGUCCUCCAAAGACAAGGAGCGAGUGGGAAGGGGGUGGGUACCUGCCGAGGGGAGGUUACUCCUUGUCCAACGCCAGUGAAAUGACCUACCCCUCGAACUCUAAGGUAGCCUCCCUGGGGUGUCUAUGGUCUGGUCUGAAAACAACCCCUAGCCCCUAGCCCUUGCCUUGCCCCGAAACCUUUUAGCUGAGUUGAUGGGUGCGGACAAGUGUGAGUAACAAUAUUGUUAUGGUUCCCAGUAAACCAUCCAAUUGGUUUAGGGAAGAUACUUUUACAUUGCUGCUUACAUCUUGUUCCUUCAGAUCUCAGAACAUCAAGGGGGCAGGGUAAUUUGUUAGGACAUUAACUCUGCAUGAUCUGUGCCGGGAAGAUGUAUGGGAGAGGAAAACAUCACAAUGACUGAAUGGUGUGAAGAACGACAUCAAUUUCCUCUCCAUUGAAAUGAAAUGCUGGUUUUUAUUCAGUCUGUUUGUGGUGGUGCUGUGUGAUUUGUAAUGUUGUUAUAGUAUUUGACAGCAGUGGGUGUAGAAUCGCAUGGUGUGUUGUGGUGUGAUAUGCAGUAAGUGGUGGGUGUUUUACGUUAAGUUGUCUAUGCAGGCGAGAGAGGCUGUGAGUCAAGAAUGAAUAGCUCAUCUUUAAGUGCAAUAUUUCUCCUCUCUUGAUGUAUGUUCCACUUCAAACCACCCCUUUGAGUGUGUGUGUGUGUGUGUGUAACAUUGAUAUUCCAGUAGCGUUUGGCAAAAGUAAUUCAGGGAUGAAUACACAAUACUCUUUCCCUGGUUCAGGUGAUGAGAAACACUUCCCAUGUCAAUGGUGUAUCCAAUUCAAGCAAUCCCCUGGUAAGUCUGAUAUUUGAGAUUGUUCAGUAAGCCUGCCUAGAAGGAGUUACUUGUGUGAUGUGAACAAAUGUUGAGACAAGCCAUGCCACGUUCUUCACAGUUCUAGAACAUCCCCAGGCCUCUGAUCUUACAGGGUUAAACAUAGAGAUACACAGGGUUAAAUCACAGUUGGUAAAGCUCUGAUGUCAGUGGUUUCAUCAUGAGCUGUUUGUUCUGGGAUUCAGCAGUAGAAUCCUUAUGAGUGCUUUUCAAUAAUGUCCAUGGUGCUCUGCUUCUCACUGUAGACCACUGUAACCCCAUUGUUUGCUGUCAUAUUUGCUGCUCAUCGGAUGUUCCCAAUAGCAAAUAGCUCCUAGCCCACCCAACCAGAGGCGUCAGAUGGCCCCUGCCAUGUCUAAACCAGUCAUGCUACCCCAGAACCAGUCCCAUCGACCUACCCUCCGCUCUGAGGGCGUGGUAAGAAACACAGACUCCUAACCCCCCUCUUUCUCUCUCCCUCAACCCCUUUGUGCACGCUUGCUGUGUUCUCCUGUCACUGUCCCUAGCCGGGGUGCUAGUUGGUUGUCACUGUCCCUAACCAGGGUGCUAGAUGGUUGUCACUGCCCCUAACCAAGGUGCUAGUUUGUUGUCAUUGUCCUAGCCAGGGUGCUCGUUCAAGCUGUUUCCCUGGUUUCUGUGCUGCACCAGACAAGGGUGGUUAGCGUACAGAUGCUAACUUCAUUAUCAGGAUGUUAUCAGGUUGACCCAGAGGCUAGGCAGGCAGAGGCUAUCAUAGCUGUUGGAUGAAAACCUCUUAAAGGUCCAAUGCAGUAGUUUUUAUCUCAAUAUCAAAUCAUUUCUGGGUAACAAUUAAGAACCUUACUGUGAUUGUUUUCAAUUCAAAUGGUCAAAAAUAAACACAUCAUCAUAGCAAAGAGCAAUUUCUCAAGCAAGAAUCUGGCUAGGACGGUCUGGGAGUGGUCUGAGUGGGGAGGGGAACACUGAAAACUAGCUGUUAUUGGCAGAGAGGUUUGGAACUCCCUUUCUUGUUGGUCUAUUAACUAAUUUACCGCCUGGUGAUGUCACCAGGUAGACCAAAACUAGGGCUGUGACAAUACCAGGAUUGCAAUAUUGUUUCCACAGCAAAAGUGAAAACACGAAGAAGACCAAAUUGUUCUGUCCUUUAAAAACCUGCUGUAUGUAAAAUAUUGUGUGCUAAGGUUUAAAAAAAAAAUGUUGGACUCUGGAUGACAACAUAAUUAUGUUUGUUUCCAACAUUAGGGGUGUUAAAUCCGCUUCGUGUUUUGUUUCCUUGCCGUGAUACUCGUUUACAUUAUUAUUCCAACCUCAUAGUGUGGAAAUAUAUAUAAAACACAGGAAAAUCAUGUUUUUGAUUGCACUGUAUUCAAAAUAGAUUCUGAAGUUUCAUAAUUGUAUGUUCGUUAAUGGGAAAAUAUGGCAGUUUUGUCCAUUUCCUGAAAGGUUUCUGUUUUGGAGAUAAAGAGGUUUUCAUCCAACAGCGAGGCUAUGCUAAUGUCCCUUCCUCUCUCCCUGUCACUCUGUCUCUAUGGAGAUAGCACUCACUCUGCUCCCACUGGUCAUUUACCAUAUGUCAGCACCACAGGAGGUUGGUGGCACCUUAAUUGGGGAGGACGGGCUCGUGGUAAUGGCUGGAAUGGCAUCAAAUACAUCAAACACGUGGUUUCCAUGUGUUUGAUGCCAUUCCAUUUACUCUGUUCCAGCCAUUGCUAUGAGCCGUCCUCCCCUCAGCAGCCUCCACUGGUCACCACCAUCCAGAAAAACCAAGAGAGGAUCAGCUCUUUAUAUAUCAUCCAUGUUGUCAAGGGUGAAUCCACAGAGAGUAUUAUCGUCUUUGCAGUUUAUCUACAGAACUUGUCAGUAACAGAGUACUUAACCGUAAGAUGCAGAGAGAAAUAGAUAGAGAGAGGGAGAGAGAAAGAAGAAGCUUAGUGUUGUAGUGUCAAUCUCUUAUGAAUGCUGUCUGGUUCCUGUUACAGCCCCCCGAGAUGCUGAAACGGAUGGUGACGUAUAACACCUCCUUUAGGUCCAACAACAAGAGACAA